AUGUCGAAUUCUCGAAAACGUUCUAAUAGUAUUAUUGGUGAUGAAAGAAAUGUUAAAAAGCAUAAGGAUAAACAAUAUUAUAAGAAAGUAAGCACACUCGAUUCAAAUAUUUCAGGAGUUUUUGUUAGUUGUGCGAAAUCUAAAGAAGCAUUUUGUGUAAGAGAAUGUUAUGAUCUUUUUAAUGCGAAUAAUAAUAAUUCUGAAUUAGCACAAAUGAGAAAAUCUCAUACUUCACAUCGAUUUGCUUCAAUUCAGACUGGAACACAUUGUGUUGUGUUUAUUAAGACAAGUUCACCUGUUGAUCCGUAUGCUGUUAUUCCGAAUAUUCGAAAUAAUAAAAAUAUUGAAAGAAUGAAAUUAAUCACUACGAUAGCUCGAUUAGUUGGUGAUGAUCAUAUUGUUAACCUUGAUGAUCCGGACUUGGUAAUUAUUGUUGAAAUAUUUAAGAAUAUAUGUGGUAUGAGCGUUUUAUCGGAUUAUAAAAGAUUAAAAAAAUAUAAUAUCGAAAGUAUUUUUGAGGAUAAAGAGCAGAAUGAAGAACCGGAAGAACAAAAUGAGCAGAAUGAACAGGGAGAACAAAAUGAGCAGAGUGAACAGACUGCCGAUUAUUUUAUAGAAAAUUUACCUGGACUUGCUAAAGAUGCAAAUGUUAAAGCUCACUCUGGUCAUAUUACAAUUAACGAAACUGCAAAUGCCAAUAUAUUCUUUUGGUUAAUACAUAAUCGUCACAUUGCUGAUAAAUCUAAAUUUAUUAUAUGGCUAAAUGGUGGUCCUGGAUGUUCGAGUAUGGAUGGAUUAUUUCUUGAAACAGGACCUUGGAGAAUAAACACAGAUAAUGAAACAUUAAGAUUAAUUGAUGGAUCCUGGAAUGAGUAUGCUAAUGUAUUAUAUGUGGAUCAACCUAUUGGCACUGGUUUUAGUUAUGCAAAUAGUAAUAGUUAUUUAACAAAUGUUACACAGGUUCCCGUACAAUUUUUACUUUUCCUUGAUGAAUUUUUCAAAAUCUUUCCCGAAUUUUCCAAAGAUGAUAUAUAUAUUGCUGGUGAAAGUUAUGCGGGAACUUAUAUUCCUUAUAUAGCUAAAGCCAUUCUAGAUCGUAAUAAUAAUACCACUGAUAAUAAAUUAAAGUAUAAUCUUCGAGGUGUUGCUAUUGGUAAUGGAUGGAUAGAUCCCAUUGCGCAGUAUAAUGCUUAUUACACAUUUUCAGUUAAACAUAAUUUAUUAACCGGCAAUUCCAAGGAACUUGCUAAGCAACAACUGGAUACAUGUAUGGAUGCUUUGAAAGAAAAACUUACUAUUCAUCAAGAUUUAUGUGAAUUAAUCUUGGAAACAGUUUUAGAAAACUCACGCCAAACUAAUGGAUCAACUACAACAUGUAUAAAUCAAUAUGACAUUCGAGAUCAUUCUGAUUCUUAUCCUUCUUGUGGAAUAGCAUGGCCUUAUGAACUUACUUCUAUUGCUAAAUAUUUACGAAGAACGGAUGUAGUUUCAGCGAUUCAUGCAAAUUCCCAACAAAUUGGAUGGGUUGAAUGUAGUUCUGGUGUUGGUCGAGGAUUUACUGGUGAUACUAGUCCUCCAGCUGUUAAUUUACUCCCUGGCAUAUUAGAACAAAUUGAAGUCUUUGGUGAUCAAGAUUUAAUUUGUAAUCAUAUGGGAACUGAAGAUAUGAUUUCAAAUUUGACAUGGGGUGGAAUCAAGGGAUUUAAGAAUCUUACAUCGACACCUUGGUUUGUCAAUUAUACUCAAGCAGGUCAUAUUAUAUCAGAACGAAAUUUGAGUUAUGUGUUAAUAUAUAAUUCUAGUCAUAUGGUUCCAUAUGAUGUACCAGUAGUUAGUGCAGAUAUGAUGUAUCGAUUUAUUGGACUUGCUAAUCAAAAUAUUUCUAAAUUCCCGUCAAGCGUUGGAUAUCAGAAUGAUACCACCGAUAAAAAUCAUUCAUCUACAUCUGAUGACGAAAUUUGGGAUAAAUAUUAUAAUGCAGGUACUGCUACUCUUAUAAUCGUUAUAUUUGGUGUUAUUGGAUUGGGAGCAUUUGUUUUCCGUGGAAGAUUUAUAAAACGUAGAAAACAUCAUCAUGAACAAUUGAAAGAUUUGGGAAGCAAUGAAAUGGAUGAAAUCGUAAUAGAAACUCCUUAUCGUUCAGAUGAUAUUGAUCAUUUUGGUGACAGUGAGGAUGAAGAUGAUGUUCGUCCUCGAAAAACUCAAGGGAAAUAUACUGACGACGAAGAAAGAACAAUUCUAACAAGUGAAGAACGUUAA